AUGACAAAAAUUACAACUAUUUCAAGUGGUGGUGGUGAUAAAAAAAGUUCAACAACAACAUUAGUAAUAUCAAAAUUUAUAAAUUUAAAUAAUUGUUUACCAAAAGUAGUAUUAUUAAAGAUAUUAACAAUGGUUCAUGGUGGUAUUUAUCCAAGUAAACAAUUUUUAAGUUGUGUUAUUGUUUGUAAACAAUGGAGAGAGAUAAUACCAAGAACUAUCAAAAUAUUGAAAUUUUUGAAUUGUGAUGAGGAAUUAUCGAGAUUAUUAAUGAAAUCAAGUAUUUUAAAACAGGAUCAUAAUGAGUCAUUGGAGGAGGUUAUAAUCCAGUCACCGUCAACAUUGGAUUCAGUGAAUAAGAUUCUCACGAGUUUAACAAUGCCUUUCUUUUGCAAAAUUUCAUCAUUACUAUAUCAACCCCCAUUAGAGUCUUUAGAGAUCACGUCAAUUCAGUUGGGUGACAGAUGUAUUGAGUUGGUUAGUAACAUUAUCACAAUUUAUAAUAUAAAGAAAUUAAUAUUAAGAGGUGUACAAUUAAAUGAUACUCAAUUAAUUACAUUAUCAAAAUCAUUAAAAUUAAAUUGUUUCAAUUGUUUAGAACAUUUAGAUUUAUCAAAUAAUAAUUUCACAAAAUUAGGUUUAGAAUUUUUAUUUUUCACUUUACUUGAAACAAAUAAAGAAAAUGAAAAAUCAAAUCAAAGAAAUAGUAAUAUAUUUUUAAAUUCAUCAAAUAAUAAUAAUAAUAAUAAUAAUAAUAAUAAUAAUAAUAAUAAUAAUAAUAAUAAUAAUAAUAAUAAUAAUAAUAAUAAUAAUAAUAAUAAUAAUAAUAAUAAUAAUAAUAAUAAUAAUAAUAAUAAGUUUAAAAUCAUCAUCACCAUCAUCAUCUUUUAA